GCAUGACCCGGCGUGUGUUAACAGCAGGGCAGGGCGUGUGUUGAGAACGGCUGCCUUGAGGAAGAAAGUACUGCAAUUGCUGUUCCAAUUGCCCCUGACGGCGCUAUGCGUUGUUGUCUCCUCCUUUCCUGCACCCCUGCUCAGGACAUCUACACGCAUCUGAAGGCGCCCCCCCUCCGAGACUCCCAGUUGAUGGCCCUGAGGGACCCCGCCAUCGGUUGGCUUAAUUCGGCAAUCAUCUACAACCAGGACACCCGGCCUGACGGUCCCGCAGUCUACAUGCUAGCCGAGGUGAUCGACCGGCUGGAGAGAUGGGCUGAGGCGGCCGAGUGGUUGCGGGAGAAGGGGCGACCCGCGGGGUGUUGGGAGCAGAUGACACUCAGUGACGCGCUGCUGUCGGCUGUGAGCGGGAGGCCCAUCGCGUACGGCUGCUGGGAGAGGGUGCCUCAACACUCCCCCGGGCAUCAGCCCAACACCUCCGCCUCCUCCGCCUCCUCCUCCCGGGAAGCCUGGUGGAAGGCGCACAAGCGGUUGUUUGGAGUGCCUCCCGAGGGGAAGGAGGGCGGCCUGACGGUGUGGCAGUACAUGCAGCAAACCAAGGUACCCUGGCCCGCCUCCCUCGCCUCCCACGCUCCGGGUUUCAAGCCAUUCAAAAACACUGUUUGGAGCCAAACCCUGCAAGUUCCCAACACACAGGGCACGUGGCC